AGUAUUUAUUGUUUGCAGGCGCAGGAGAGCUGGGGCGUGUGGGAUUCUUCUCGGGAGGCCUUGCUGGGUCCCAGCCGCCAUGGCACCGAAGAAAGCCAAGAAGAGGGCAGAGGGGGCCAACUCCAAUGUGUUCUCUAUGUUCGAACAGACCCAGAUCCAGGAGUUCAAGGAGGCCUUCACCAUCAUGGACCAGAACCGGGAUGGCUUUAUCGACAAGAACGACCUGAGGGACACAUUUGCUGCGCUGGGGCGCGUGAAUGUGAAAAAUGAGGAAAUUGACGAAAUGCUCAAGGAGGCUCCGGGUCCAAUUAACUUCACUGUGUUCCUGACCAUGUUUGGGGAGAAGCUGAAGGGUGCGGACCCCGAGGAGACCAUCCUCAACGCGUUCAAGGUGUUUGACCCUGAAGGCAAAGGCGUGCUGAAGGCUGACUACGUCCGAGAGAUGCUGACCACACAGGCGGAGCGGUUCUCCAAGGAGGAGAUCGACCAGAUGUUCACAGCCUUUCCGCCCGAUGUGACGGGCAACCUGGACUACAAGAACCUGGUGCAUGUCAUCACACAUGGCGAGGAGAAGGACUGAGCGUUAUGGGCACCGUCUCUGCCUCUGUGGCCACCCGGAAUGUGGCUUGGUUGGCAACCUUAUCCGGGGCUGCUGUCAAAUAAACAGGAUGUGGCAAACCUGA